AUGCCAAUCCCAGAAUAUGUGUACGUGAUGCAUGGCGCGGACGACGACGACGACGCUUUCCUCUCCUGGUCGGACGAAGACAACAACGACCGAGGCUCUCAUCAGAUGAAACUUGCUCGAGAUUGUCCCCGCCAUUCGAUGAAUAGUCUUCAAACUCGAUGGUCUCGUUGGGAUGCAUCGCAUGCAGCCGUCAGUGGCAGCUCCGCUGAUGCCACCAAGAUCAACUUUGACUGGGGGCAGCCAAACGGCACGCGAACGAACACUGCGAUGCUAUCCGACACCGUUCCUUCAAGUGUCCUCGAUCGUUUGAGCUCUGCCGCCAACAUUCCAGUUCAUAACAGGAUACACGCCGCCGAGGAAAAGCUCACGAUAGCCUUCCCCAAACCAGGAGUGAUCACCAAAGCCAGGUCACUGCCACGCUCUGAUUCCAAGAUGUCGUCCAAGCUCCGAAGCAGUCCUCCCAAGCUCCGAAGCAGUCCUCCCAAACUCCCGCGGUCUAGUCGCUGCGCUUGUGCCCCCCCGAAGCCACCAGUACGAAGGCUGAGCAUGGCCAUUUCUGAGACCUCCGAAUGUGACUGUGAUGCCAAAAAGAUCCACUCUUGUCCCUGCUGA